AUGAGCCUUCCGAUAAGUUAUUACGAGGUGCUGAGAGUUCACCCCGAAACCCCCACAGCCACCAUCGACCUCAUGCUAGACUCCAUGCUCGCCUCGCCGCCUCAAGAAGGCUUCACCGUCUCCGCCCUCACGGUCAGGGCGGAAGUUUUGGAGGCUGCCCGGGACACGCUGCUGGAUCUGGAGCUCCGGGCAGAGUAUGACGAGGACCUGAAGGCAGCAGCUGCAGAGCAGCAGCAGGGGUUUGGGGGUGUGGGGAGGGGUGGAGGGGAGUAUGGGGGCGAGACUGCGAUCAUGGUUGAUGUUCCCAUGAGCCGGGUCCCUGGCGUGUUGUGCCUGCUGCAAGAGGCGGGUCGCUCUGCUGACGUGGCAGAGGCGGGCCUCGACCUCCUCUCCCGCCCGGAUGGCGAUCCUGCUUUCCGUGCUGACGUGGCACUCGCCACAGCGUUGGCGUACUCGGACCUGUCGCGCGACGCCAUGUCAGCAGACCCGCCUGCAGUGGCACAGGGCUGCGAGCUGCUGGAAGCUGCGCUGAAGCUUCUGCAGGACGAGGGCGGGCCAAGCCUGGCGCCGUCCCUGCAGGCGGCCAUAGAGGACUCGCUGAGGGAGAUGGGCCCCACACGCGUGCUGGAGCUGCUGGCGCUGCCCCUGGACAAGGAGCACGAGGACGCCCGGAGCGAGGGCAUACAGGCCAUGCGGGACCUCCUCUGGUCCCAGAACCCUGAGGCCACUCUCUCCUUUUCCUCUCAAGGCAGUUUCUCCCGCCAUGUGUUCAUGCGGGAGGCCUUCCUGCGCCUCACCACCUCGGAGCUCAUCGCCCACUUCGCUGCCGCCCCGCCGCACGUCGACGCCGGCAUCCUCGAGGCCUACUGGGUCGCGCUCGCCUUUGCCGGCCGGGGAUUCUUCCUGCGCCGCCCGGCCGACAUCGUCCAGUCUGACGCGCUGCUCAAGGAGCUGAACGAGUCCACCGCGUACCGUUUGUUGGUUAACGUGAGCACGGGCGGCGGGGUGGGGGAGGCGGGCGGCGGAGUGGCCGGGGCGGUGGCGGGGACAGGUGGCGGGGGAGGAUUGGGCAGAGAGGGUGGGGGAGCAGGCGAAGCAGGAGUGAUAGCAGGAAGCGCAGCAGGAAGAGAAGCAGGAGCAGCAGGAGGAUCAGGGGCAGGAGCGGGAGAGCGGGUGCAAGGUGGGGCGGGGAGUGCAAUGGCGAUGGUGGCAGGGACAGACGUGCCAGCGGAUCUGUCAGUGGAGAGGGCGAUGUGCGCGCUGCUGCUGGGGCAGGUGGGCGCGUGCAAGCGGUGGCUGGGCGUGCAUGUGACCCCUCCCUGUGGCGACCUUGCUGUCACCGAGUAUGUCUAUGCCAACUCGCCUAAUGCCCCUCCGGUUGACUCGUGGUACGGCGGCAGCAGCGGUGCAGGCAGUAGCAGCAGCAGUACAGGUAGCAGCACAGGUAACAGCACAGCCCCUAGCAUAAUCACCACGGCUGCAGGCGGAGCAAAAGCAGCAGCAGGAGCAGGAGGAGCGGGGGCAGGUGAGGAGGAUGUGCUGUUACCGGGGCUGUGCCGGUUGCUGGAGGUGUGGCUGAGGGAGGUCGUAGCCAUGCGGUUCAGAGACACCUCCCACCUCCCUGUUGUUCUCUCUGAGUACUUUGAUCAUCCUGCUGUGGGGAGUUUUCUGGAUGCGUGGGAUCAGGCGCAGGGUGUGGGGGGAGGGGGAGGAGGGAAGGUGGGGGAGAGUGGGAGAGGGGAGGGCGGCGGGAUGCGGAAUGCUGCUAUGGAGGUGAUUCGAGGGGUUUUUCCGUGGAUGCAGGGAGGGGGUGAUGCAGCAGCAGCAGCAGGAACAGCAGCAGCUGAAAAUCCUUUCAUCGUUUCCACAUCAGCCACUGCCACCACCUCCUCCUCCUCCUCCCUCUCCCCACCCUUGCCCACCGAUUCGUUACAAGACGACUCGUUACAAGACCCGUCCUCGUCGCUCCCACCAGCAGAGCUCGCCCGAUCACGCACCAGACGAGAGCUCUUUGGCGCCUCGCCCCUCCUCGACCCCCAAGGCUCACCCAUCCCCCUCCGCACCGCCCAGCCCGAAUCCCUCCCCACCUUGGGAAUAUCCGGGACCGAAUCUGUGACCAGCAGUGGCAGGGGUAGAUUAGGUGGGAAGGUUGGGAUGGUGGUGGCGGGGGUGGUGGCGGCGGCGGUGGUGGUGGUGGGGGGGUUCAUGGCGUGGCGCAUGCGGUCGGGGCGGUUUGGGCCGUCACUGCUGGGAGUGGAAGCGGCGAUGGUGGGAGCAGCCAAGGAGCAGGCUGCUUCUGAGGUAGCAGCAGGUGCAGAGGAGUGCAGCGAGGUGGGAGGAGGUGCAGUGGGCAGUGCAGGAGGUGCGGCACUGGCAGGUGAAGGCGGCAGCGCUGGGGCAGUCAGUCACACCCUGCAGAUCACACUCACUCUUUGCCCCUCACUUUCCCCACUCUUUCCUCCUCGUGCUGCUAUUGCUCACUCUAUACUUUCAGAAGCAGCAGCAGGCGCAGAGGAAUAUUCUGAAGUGGAGGAGGUGCAGUGGGCGGUGCGCGUGGUGAGGCACUGGCAGGAGGUGAAGGCGGCAGCACUAGGUCCGCAACACCGGGUGGACCGGCUGGGGGAGAUUCUGGAAGGGCCCAUGCUGGAACUGUGGCGGAACAGAGCCAAGGAGGUGGAGAACAACGGGUGGUUCUGGGAAUACAGCUUCCUUAGUCUCAACGGGGCGAUGCUGGAGCUGUGGCGGAACAGAGCCAAGGAGGUGGAGAACAACGGGUGGUUCUGGGAGUACAGCUUCCUUAGUCUCAAUGGGCCCAUCCUGGAGCUGUGGGGGAACCGAGCCAAGGAGGUGGAGAACAACGGGUGGUUCUGGGAAUACAGCUUCCUCAGCCUCAAUGUGGAAAUGGCAGCAGUGAGCAAGUGCCAGAAGAAGGCAGUGGUUGAGGCGGUGGAGGUGGCGGCAGUGAGCAAGUGUCAGAAGAAAGUAGUAGUAGAGGCAGUGGUGCAGGAGGCUGCUCGGCUGGUGGAUGCGGCUGCACCCACUCAUGACCCUCCCUCCUUGCUCCCUCCUCCCAUGUCUUGUGUCCCCACAGGUGGAGAUGGCAGCAGUGAGCAAGUGCCAAAAGAAGGCCGUGGUGGAGGUGGUGGUGCAGGAGGCAGCACGGCUGGUGGAGAUGGCAGCAGUGAGCAAGUGUCAAAAGAAAGCCGUAGUAGAGGCGGUGGUGCAGGAGGCGGCACGGCUGGUGGAUGCAGCGGACCCGACCCACAACGAUGCGUACAGAAGCACGUACACGGCGCGAUACGAGCUGCUGCAGACCGGCACCUGCUGGAAGAUCGUCGGCGGUACUGUGCUGCGAUAGUGUGUGGUGAUUUAGAGGCUUGUGCUGUGGGGUUGCGGUGUGCUGCUGUGAGUGGACGAUGCGCACUCAUCCCUCUACCCCCUUAUGCCUCCCUCAUGGCUUUCCCCCUUCCUCUCUCCUUGUCCAUCACCCACUUCGCCCCACCCACCCACUCCCUCCAAUUUCAUUCCUCCAACCCCAUCCCUCCCAACCCCAUCCCUCCCAACCCCAUCCCUCCCAACCCCAUCCCUCCCAACCCCUCUCCACCAACCCCUCUCCACCAACCCCUCUCCACCAACCCCUCUCCACCAACCCCUCUCCUCCAACCCCUCUCCACCAACCCCUCUCCUCCAACCGUGCAGCGCCAGCUGGCGAAUGGCGAGCGGACAGCUGUCGGCGUGGCGGAGGAGUAUCUGGAGCGGCUGGAGGCGCAGGAGGGGCAGCUGAGAAGCUUCCUCCACACCGACAGGGAGGCAGUCCUGCAGCAGGCACGGGAAGUGGAUGCUGCCCUGGCAUCUCAGUCGGGCAGCGGGGAGAAAAAAUUGGGGCUGCUGACCGGAGUGCCCAUGGGGGUGAAGGACAACCUGUGCACACGUGGCAUGCCCUCCACCGCUGCCUCUAAGAUCCUCAAGAUACAUGUCCGAUGCAACAGCAGUGGGGAGGGUGCAGGCGGAGGGCGCGGUGGUGCUGGUGGGGAAGGCAAACUAGGAUACAUGCCGCCAUACAAUGCAACAGCGGUGGGGAGGGUGAAGGCGGAGGGGGCAGUGGUGGUGGGGAAGACGAACAUGGACGAGUUUGGCAUGGGCAGCACCACUGAGGGGUCGGGUUACCAGGUAACAUAUGUUUGUGUGUGUGCGCAUGCACAUGUGUGUCUGUCUGCGAGUGCAUGUGUCGGCACCAACAUGGACGAGUUUGGCAUGGGCAGCACCACUGAGGGGUCGGGUUACCAGUUUGGCAUGGGCAGCACCACUGAGGGGUCGGGUUACCAGGUAACAUAUGUUUGUGUGUGUGCGCAUGCACAUGUGUGUCUGUCUGCGAGUGCAUGUGUCGGCACCAACAUGGACGAGUUUGGCAUGGGCAGCACCACUGAGGGGUCGGGUUACCAGGUAACAUAUGUUUGUGUGUGUGCGCAUGCACAUGUGUGUCUGUCUGCGAGUGCAUGUGUCGGCACCAACAUGGACGAGUUUGGCAUGGGCAGCACCACUGAGGGGUCGGGUUACCAGGUAACAUAUGUUUGUGUGUGUGCGCAUGCACAUGUGUGUCUGUCUGCGAGUGCAUGUGUCGGCACCAACAUGGACGAGUUUGGCAUGGGCAGCACCACUGAGGGGUCGGGUUACCAGGUAACAUAUGUUUGUGUGUGUGCGCAUGCACAUGUGUGUCUGUCUGCGAGUGCAUGUGUCGGCACCAACAUGGACGAGUUUGGCAUGGGCAGCACCACUGAGGGGUCGGGUUACCAGGUAACAUAUGUUUGUGUGUGUGCGCAUGCACAUGUGUGUCUGUCUGCGAGUGCAUGUGUCGGCACCAACAUGGACGAGUUUGGCAUGGGCAGCACCACUGAGGGGUCGGGUUACCAGGUAACAUAUGUUUGUGUGUGUGCGCAUGCACAUGUGUGUCUGUCUGCGAGUGCAUGUGUCGGCACCAACAUGGACGAGUUUGGCAUGGGCAGCACCACUGAGGGGUCGGGUUACCAGGUAACAUAUGUUUGUGUGUGUGCGCAUGCACAUGUGUGUCUGUCUGCGAGUGCAUGUGUCGGCACCAACAUGGACGAGUUUGGCAUGGGCAGCACCACUGAGGGGUCGGGUUACCAGGUAACAUAUGUUUGUGUGUGUGCGCAUGCACAUGUGUGUCUGUCUGCGAGUGCAUGUGUCGGCACCAACAUGGACGAGUUUGGCAUGGGCAGCACCACUGAGGGGUCGGGUUACCAGGUAACAUAUGUUUGUGUGUGUGCGCAUGCACAUGUGUGUCUGUCUGCGAGUGCAUGUGUCGGCACCAACAUGGACGAGUUUGGCAUGGGCAGCACCACUGAGGGGUCGGGUUACCAGGUAACAUAUGUUUGUGUGUGUGCGCAUGCACAUGUGUGUCUGUCUGCGAGUGCAUGUGUCGGCACCAACAUGGACGAGUUUGGCAUGGGCAGCACCACUGAGGGGUCGGGUUACCAGGUAACAUAUGUUUGUGUGUGUGCGCAUGCACAUGUGUGUCUGUCUGCGAGUGCAUGUGUCGGCACCAACAUGGACGAGUUUGGCAUGGGCAGCACCACUGAGGGGUCGGGUUACCAGGUAACAUAUGUUUGUGUGUGUGCGCAUGCACAUGUGUGUCUGUCUGCGAGUGCAUGUGUCGGCACCAACAUGGACGAGUUUGGCAUGGGCAGCACCACUGAGGGGUCGGGUUACCAGGUAACAUAUGUUUGUGUGUGUGCGCAUGCACAUGUGUGUCUGUCUGCGAGUGCAUGUGUCGGCACCAACAUGGACGAGUUUGGCAUGGGCAGCACCACUGAGGGGUCGGGUUACCAGGUAACAUAUGUUUGUGUGUGUGCGCAUGCACAUGUGUGUCUGUCUGCGAGUGCAUGUGUCGGCACCAACAUGGACGAGUUUGGCAUGGGCAGCACCACUGAGGGGUCGGGUUACCAGGUAACAUAUGUUUGUGUGUGUGCGCAUGCACAUGUGUGUCUGUCUGCGAGUGCAUGUGUCGGCACCAACAUGGACGAGUUUGGCAUGGGCAGCACCACUGAGGGGUCGGGUUACCAGGUAACAUAUGUUUGUGUGUGUGCGCAUGCACAUGUGUGUCUGUCUGCGAGUGCAUGUGUCGGCACCAACAUGGACGAGUUUGGCAUGGGCAGCACCACUGAGGGGUCGGGUUACCAGGUAACAUAUGUUUGUGUGUGUGCGCAUGCACAUGUGUGUCUGUCUGCGAGUGCAUGUGUCGGCACCAACAUGGACGAGUUUGGCAUGGGCAGCACCACUGAGGGGUCGGGUUACCAGGUAACAUAUGUUUGUGUGUGUGCGCAUGCACAUGUGUGUCUGUCUGCGAGUGCAUGUGUCGGCACCAACAUGGACGAGUUUGGCAUGGGCAGCACCACUGAGGGGUCGGGUUACCAGGUAACAUAUGUUUGUGUGUGUGCGCAUGCACAUGUGUGUCUGUCUGCGAGUGCAUGUGUCGGCACCAACAUGGACGAGUUUGGCAUGGGCAGCACCACUGAGGGGUCGGGUUACCAGGUAACAUAUGUUUGUGUGUGUGCGCAUGCACAUGUGUGUCUGUCUGCGAGUGCAUGUGUCGGCACCAACAUGGACGAGUUUGGCAUGGGCAGCACCACUGAGGGGUCGGGUUACCAGGUAACAUAUGUUUGUGUGUGUGCGCAUGCACAUGUGUGUCUGUCUGCGAGUGCAUGUGUCGGCACCAACAUGGACGAGUUUGGCAUGGGCAGCACCACUGAGGGGUCGGGUUACCAGGUAACAUAUGUUUGUGUGUGUGCGCAUGCACAUGUGUGUCUGUCUGCGAGUGCAUGUGUCGGCACCAACAUGGACGAGUUUGGCAUGGGCAGCACCACUGAGGGGUCGGGUUACCAGGUAACAUAUGUUUGUGUGUGUGCGCAUGCACAUGUGUGUCUGUCUGCGAGUGCAUGUGUCGGCACCAACAUGGACGAGUUUGGCAUGGGCAGCACCACUGAGGGGUCGGGUUACCAGGUAACAUAUGUUUGUGUGUGUGCGCAUGCACAUGUGUGUCUGUCUGCGAGUGCAUGUGUCGGCACCAACAUGGACGAGUUUGGCAUGGGCAGCACCACUGAGGGGUCGGGUUACCAGGUAACAUAUGUUUGUGUGUGUGCGCAUGCACAUGUGUGUCUGUCUGCGAGUGCAUGUGUCGGCACCAACAUGGACGAGUUUGGCAUGGGCAGCACCACUGAGGGGUCGGGUUACCAGGUAACAUAUGUUUGUGUGUGUGCGCAUGCACAUGUGUGUCUGUCUGCGAGUGCAUGUGUCGGCACCAACAUGGACGAGUUUGGCAUGGGCAGCACCACUGAGGGGUCGGGUUACCAGGUAACAUAUGUUUGUGUGUGUGCGCAUGCACAUGUGUGUCUGUCUGCGAGUGCAUGUGUCGGCACCAACAUGGACGAGUUUGGCAUGGGCAGCACCACUGAGGGGUCGGGUUACCAGGUAACAUAUGUUUGUGUGUGUGCGCAUGCACAUGUGUGUCUGUCUGCGAGUGCAUGUGUCGGCACCAACAUGGACGAGUUUGGCAUGGGCAGCACCACUGAGGGGUCGGGUUACCAGGUAACAUAUGUUUGUGUGUGUGCGCAUGCACAUGUGUGUCUGUCUGCGAGUGCAUGUGUCGGCACCAACAUGGACGAGUUUGGCAUGGGCAGCACCACUGAGGGGUCGGGUUACCAGGUAACAUAUGUUUGUGUGUGUGCGCAUGCACAUGUGUGUCUGUCUGCGAGUGCAUGUGUCGGCACCAACAUGGACGAGUUUGGCAUGGGCAGCACCACUGAGGGGUCGGGUUACCAGGUAACAUAUGUUUGUGUGUGUGCGCAUGCACAUGUGUGUCUGUCUGCGAGUGCAUGUGUCGGCACCAACAUGGACGAGUUUGGCAUGGGCAGCGCCACUGAGGGGUCGGGUUACCAGGUAACAUAUGUUUGUGUGUGUGCGCAUGCACAUGUGUGUCUGUCUGCGAGUGCAUGUGUCGGCACCAACAUGGACGAGUUUGGCAUGGGCAGCACCACUGAGGGGUCGGGUUACCAGGUAACAUAUGUUUGUGUGUGUGCGCAUGCACAUGUGUGUCUGUCUGCGAGUGCAUGUGUCGGCACCAACAUGGACGAGUUUGGCAUGGGCAGCACCACUGAGGGGUCGGGUUACCAGGUAACAUAUGUUUGUGUGUGUGCGCAUGCACAUGUGUGUCUGUCUGCGAGUGCAUGUGUCGGCACCAACAUGGACGAGUUUGGCAUGGGCAGCACCACUGAGGGGUCGGGUUACCAGGUAACAUAUGUUUGUGUGUGUGCGCAUGCACAUGUGUGUCUGUCUGCGAGUGCAUGUGUCGGCACCAACAUGGACGAGUUUGGCAUGGGCAGCACCACUGAGGGGUCGGGUUACCAGGUAACAUAUGUUUGUGUGUGUGCGCAUGCACAUGUGUGUCUGUCUGCGAGUGCAUGUGUCGGCACCAACAUGGACGAGUUUGGCAUGGGCAGCACCACUGAGGGGUCGGGUUACCAGGUAACAUAUGUUUGUGUGUGUGCGCAUGCACAUGUGUGUCUGUCUGCGAGUGCAUGUGUCGGCACCAACAUGGACGAGUUUGGCAUGGGCAGCGCCACUGAGGGGUCGGGUUACCAGGUAACAUAUGUUUGUGUGUGUGCGCAUGCACAUGUGUGUCUGUCUGCGAGUGCAUGUGUCGGCACCAACAUGGACGAGUUUGGCAUGGGCAGCACCACUGAGGGGUCGGGUUACCAGGUAACAUAUGUUUGUGUGUGUGCGCAUGCACAUGUGUGUCUGUCUGCGAGUGCAUGUGUCGGCACCAACAUGGACGAGUUUGGCAUGGGCAGCACCACUGAGGGGUCGGGUUACCAGGUAACAUAUGUUUGUGUGUGUGCGCAUGCACAUGUGUGUCUGUCUGCGAGUGCAUGUGUCGGCACCAACAUGGACGAGUUUGGCAUGGGCAGCACCACUGAGGGGUCGGGUUACCAGGUAACAUAUGUUUGUGUGUGUGCGCAUGCACAUGUGUGUCUGUCUGCGAGUGCAUGUGUCGGCACCAACAUGGACGAGUUUGGCAUGGGCAGCACCACUGAGGGGUCGGGUUACCAGGUAACAUAUGUUUGUGUGUGUGCGCAUGCACAUGUGUGUCUGUCUGCGAGUGCAUGUGUCGGCACCAACAUGGACGAGUUUGGCAUGGGCAGCACCACUGAGGGGUCGGGUUACCAGGUAACAUAUGUUUGUGUGUGUGCGCAUGCACAUGUGUGUCUGUCUGCGAGUGCAUGUGUCGGCACCAACAUGGACGAGUUUGGCAUGGGCAGCACCACUGAGGGGUCGGGUUACCAGGUAACAUAUGUUUGUGUGUGUGCGCAUGCACAUGUGUGUCUGUCUGCGAGUGCAUGUGUCGGCACCAACAUGGACGAGUUUGGCAUGGGCAGCACCACUGAGGGGUCGGGUUACCAGGUAACAUAUGUUUGUGUGUGUGCGCAUGCACAUGUGUGUCUGUCUGCGAGUGCAUGUGUCGGCACCAACAUGGACGAGUUUGGCAUGGGCAGCACCACUGAGGGGUCGGGUUACCAGGUAACAUAUGUUUGUGUGUGUGCGCAUGCACAUGUGUGUCUGUCUGCGAGUGCAUGUGUCGGCACCAACAUGGACGAGUUUGGCAUGGGCAGCACCACUGAGGGGUCGGGUUACCAGGUAACAUAUGUUUGUGUGUGUGCGCAUGCACAUGUGUGUCUGUCUGCGAGUGCAUGUGUCGGCACCAACAUGGACGAGUUUGGCAUGGGCAGCACCACUGAGGGGUCGGGUUACCAGGUAACAUAUGUUUGUGUGUGUGCGCAUGCACAUGUGUGUCUGUCUGCGAGUGCAUGUGUCGGCACCAACACGGACGAGUUUGGCAUGGGCAGCACCACUGAGGGGUCGGGUUACCAGGUAACAUAUGUUUGUGUGUGUGCGCAUGCACAUGUGUGUCUGUCUGCGAGUGCAUGUGUCGGCACCAACAUGGACGAGUUUGGCAUGGGCAGCACCACUGAGGGGUCGGGUUACCAGGUAACAUAUGUUUGUGUGUGUGCGCAUGCACAUGUGUGUCUGUCUGCGAGUGCAUGUGUCGGCACCAACAUGGACGAGUUUGGCAUGGGCAGCACCACUGAGGGGUCGGGUUACCAGGUAACAUAUGUUUGUGUGUGUGCGCAUGCACAUGUGUGUCUGUCUGCGAGUGCAUGUGUCGGCACCAACAUGGACGAGUUUGGCAUGGGCAGCACCACUGAGGGGUCGGGUUACCAGGUAACAUAUGUUUGUGUGUGUGCGCAUGCACAUGUGUGUCUGUCUGCGAGUGCAUGUGUCGGCACCAACAUGGACGAGUUUGGCAUGGGCAGCACCACUGAGGGGUCGGGUUACCAGGUAACAUAUGUUUGUGUGUGUGCGCAUGCACAUGUGUGUCUGUCUGCGAGUGCAUGUGUCGGCACCAACAUGGACGAGUUUGGCAUGGGCAGCACCACUGAGGGGUCGGGUUACCAGGUAACAUAUGUUUGUGUGUGUGCGCAUGCACAUGUGUGUCUGUCUGCGAGUGCAUGUGUCGGCACCAACAUGGACGAGUUUGGCAUGGGCAGCACCACUGAGGGGUCGGGUUACCAGGUAACAUAUGUUUGUGUGUGUGCGCAUGCACAUGUGUGUCUGUCUGCGAGUGCAUGUGUCGGCACCAACAUGGACGAGUUUGGCAUGGGCAGCACCACUGAGGGGUCGGGUUACCAGGUAACAUAUGUUUGUGUGUGUGCGCAUGCACAUGUGUGUCUGUCUGCGAGUGCAUGUGUCGGCACCAACACGGACGAGUUUGGCAUGGGCAGCACCACUGAGGGGUCGGGUUACCAGGUAACAUAUGUUUGUGUGUGUGCGCAUGCACAUGUGUGUCUGUCUGCGAGUGCAUGUGUCGGCACCAACAUGGACGAGUUUGGCAUGGGCAGCACCACUGAGGGGUCGGGUUACCAGGUAACAUAUGUUUGUGUGUGUGCGCAUGCACAUGUGUGUCUGUCUGCGAGUGCAUGUGUCGGCACCAACAUGGACGAGUUUGGCAUGGGCAGCACCACUGAGGGGUCGGGUUACCAGGUAACAUAUGUUUGUGUGUGUGCGCAUGCACAUGUGUGUCUGUCUGCGAGUGCAUGUGUCGGCACCAACAUGGACGAGUUUGGCAUGGGCAGCACCACUGAGGGGUCGGGUUACCAGGUAACAUAUGUUUGUGUGUGUGCGCAUGCACAUGUGUGUCUGUCUGCGAGUGCAUGUGUCGGCACCAACAUGGACGAGUUUGGCAUGGGCAGCACCACUGAGGGGUCGGGUUACCAGGUAACAUAUGUUUGUGUGUGUGCGCAUGCACAUGUGUGUCUGUCUGCGAGUGCAUGUGUCGGCACCAACAUGGACGAGUUUGGCAUGGGCAGCACCACUGAGGGGUCGGGUUACCAGGUAACAUAUGUUUGUGUGUGUGCGCAUGCACAUGUGUGUCUGUCUGCGAGUGCAUGUGUCGGCACCAACAUGGACGAGUUUGGCAUGGGCAGCACCACUGAGGGGUCGGGUUACCAGGUAACAUAUGUUUGUGUGUGUGCGCAUGCACAUGUGUGUCUGUCUGCGAGUGCAUGUGUCGGCACCAACAUGGACGAGUUUGGCAUGGGCAGCACCACUGAGGGGUCGGGUUACCAGGUAACAUAUGUUUGUGUGUGUGCGCAUGCACAUGUGUGUCUGUCUGCGAGUGCAUGUGUCGGCACCAACAUGGACGAGUUUGGCAUGGGCAGCACCACUGAGGGGUCGGGUUACCAGGUAACAUAUGUUUGUGUGUGUGCGCAUGCACAUGUGUGUCUGUCUGCGAGUGCAUGUGUCGGCACCAACAUGGACGAGUUUGGCAUGGGCAGCACCACUGAGGGGUCGGGUUACCAGGUAACAUAUGUUUGUGUGUGUGCGCAUGCACAUGUGUGUCUGUCUGCGAGUGCAUGUGUCGGCACCAACAUGGACGAGUUUGGCAUGGGCAGCACCACUGAGGGGUCGGGUUACCAGGUAACAUAUGUUUGUGUGUGUGCGCAUGCACAUGUGUGUCUGUCUGCGAGUGCAUGUGUCGGCACCAACAUGGACGAGUUUGGCAUGGGCAGCACCACUGAGGGGUCGGGUUACCAGGUAACAUAUGUUUGUGUGUGUGCGCAUGCACAUGUGUGUCUGUCUGCGAGUGCAUGUGUCGGCACCAACAUGGACGAGUUUGGCAUGGGCAGCACCACUGAGGGGUCGGGUUACCAGGUAACAUAUGUUUGUGUGUGUGCGCAUGCACAUGUGUGUCUGUCUGCGAGUGCAUGUGUCGGCACCAACAUGGACGAGUUUGGCAUGGGCAGCACCACUGAGGGGUCGGGUUACCAGGUAACAUAUGUUUGUGUGUGUGCGCAUGCACAUGUGUGUCUGUCUGCGAGUGCAUGUGUCGGCACCAACAUGGACGAGUUUGGCAUGGGCAGCACCACUGAGGGGUCGGGUUACCAGGUAACAUAUGUUUGUGUGUGUGCGCAUGCACAUGUGUGUCUGUCUGCGAGUGCAUGUGUCGGCACCAACAUGGACGAGUUUGGCAUGGGCAGCACCACUGAGGGGUCGGGUUACCAGGUAACAUAUGUUUGUGUGUGUGCGCAUGCACAUGUGUGUCUGUCUGCGAGUGCAUGUGUCGGCACCAACAUGGACGAGUUUGGCAUGGGCAGCACCACUGAGGGGUCGGGUUACCAGGUAACAUAUGUUUGUGUGUGUGCGCAUGCACAUGUGUGUCUGUCUGCGAGUGCAUGUGUCGGCACCAACAUGGACGAGUUUGGCAUGGGCAGCACCACUGAGGGGUCGGGUUACCAGGUAACAUAUGUUUGUGUGUGUGCGCAUGCACAUGUGUGUCUGUCUGCGAGUGCAUGUGUCGGCACCAACAUGGACGAGUUUGGCAUGGGCAGCACCACUGAGGGGUCGGGUUACCAGGUAACAUAUGUUUGUGUGUGUGCGCAUGCACAUGUGUGUCUGUCUGCGAGUGCAUGUGUCGGCACCAACAUGGACGAGUUUGGCAUGGGCAGCACCACUGAGGGGUCGGGUUACCAGGUAACAUAUGUUUGUGUGUGUGCGCAUGCACAUGUGUGUCUGUCUGCGAGUGCAUGUGUCGGCACCAACAUGGACGAGUUUGGCAUGGGCAGCACCACUGAGGGGUCGGGUUACCAGGUAACAUAUGUUUGUGUGUGUGCGCAUGCACAUGUGUGUCUGUCUGCGAGUGCAUGUGUCGGCACCAACAUGGACGAGUUUGGCAUGGGCAGCACCACUGAGGGGUCGGGUUACCAGGUAACAUAUGUUUGUGUGUGUGCGCAUGCACAUGUGUGUCUGUCUGCGAGUGCAUGUGUCGGCACCAACAUGGACGAGUUUGGCAUGGGCAGCACCACUGAGGGGUCGGGUUACCAGGUAACAUAUGUUUGUGUGUGUGCGCAUGCACAUGUGUGUCUGUCUGCGAGUGCAUGUGUCGGCACCAACAUGGACGAGUUUGGCAUGGGCAGCACCACUGAGGGGUCGGGUUACCAGGUAACAUAUGUUUGUGUGUGUGCGCAUGCACAUGUGUGUCUGUCUGCGAGUGCAUGUGUCGGCACCAACAUGGACGAGUUUGGCAUGGGCAGCACCACUGAGGGGUCGGGUUACCAGGUAACAUAUGUUUGUGUGUGUGCGCAUGCACAUGUGUGUCUGUCUGCGAGUGCAUGUGUCGGCACCAACAUGGACGAGUUUGGCAUGGGCAGCACCACUGAGGGGUCGGGUUACCAGGUAACAUAUGUUUGUGUGUGUGCGCAUGCACAUGUGUGUCUGUCUGCGAGUGCAUGUGUCGGCACCAACAUGGACGAGUUUGGCAUGGGCAGCACCACUGAGGGGUCGGGUUACCAGGUAACAUAUGUUUGUGUGUGUGCGCAUGCACAUGUGUGUCUGUCUGCGAGUGCAUGUGUCGGCACCAACAUGGACGAGUUUGGCAUGGGCAGCACCACUGAGGGGUCGGGUUACCAGGUAACAUAUGUUUGUGUGUGUGCUCAUGCACAUGUGUGUCUGUCUGCGAGUGCAUGUGUCGGCACCAACAUGGACGAGUUUGGCAUGGGCAGCACCACUGAGGGGUCGGGUUACCAGGUAACAUAUGUUUGUGUGUGUGCGCAUGCACAUGUGUGUCUGUCUGCGAGUGCAUGUGUCGGCACCAACAUGGACGAGUUUGGCAUGGGCAGCACCACUGAGGGGUCGGGUUACCAGGUAACAUAUGUUUGUGUGUGUGCGCAUGCACAUGUGUGUCUGUCUGCGAGUGCAUGUGUCGGCACCAACAUGGACGAGUUUGGCAUGGGCAGCACCACUGAGGGGUCGGGUUACCAGGUAACAUAUGUUUGUGUGUGUGCGCAUGCACAUGUGUGUCUGUCUGCGAGUGCAUGUGUCGGCACCAACAUGGACGAGUUUGGCAUGGGCAGCACCACUGAGGGGUCGGGUUACCAGGUAACAUAUGUUUGUGUGUGUGCGCAUGCACAUGUGUGUCUGUCUGCGAGUGCAUGUGUCGGCACCAACAUGGACGAGUUUGGCAUGGGCAGCACCACUGAGGGGUCGGGUUACCAGGUAACAUAUGUUUGUGUGUGUGCGCAUGCACAUGUGUGUCUGUCUGCGAGUGCAUGUGUCGGCACCAACAUGGACGAGUUUGGCAUGGGCAGCACCACUGAGGGGUCGGGUUACCAGGUAACAUAUGUUUGUGUGUGUGCGCAUGCACAUGUGUGUCUGUCUGCGAGUGCAUGUGUCGGCACCAACAUGGACGAGUUUGGCAUGGGCAGCACCACUGAGGGGUCGGGUUACCAGGUAACAUAUGUUUGUGUGUGUGCGCAUGCACAUGUGUGUCUGUCUGCGAGUGCAUGUGUCGGCACCAACAUGGACGAGUUUGGCAUGGGCAGCACCACUGAGGGGUCGGGUUACCAGGUAACAUAUGUUUGUGUGUGUGCGCAUGCACAUGUGUGUCUGUCUGCGAGUGCAUGUGUCGGCACCAACAUGGACGAGUUUGGCAUGGGCAGCACCACUGAGGGGUCGGGUUACCAGGUAACAUAUGUUUGUGUGUGUGCGCAUGCACAUGUGUGUCUGUCUGCGAGUGCAUGUGUCGGCACCAACAUGGACGAGUUUGGCAUGGGCAGCACCACUGAGGGGUCGGGUUACCAGGUAACAUAUGUUUGUGUGUGUGCGCAUGCACAUGUGUGUCUGUCUGCGAGUGCAUGUGUCGGCACCAACAUGGACGAGUUUGGCAUGGGCAGCACCACUGAGGGGUCGGGUUACCAGGUAACAUAUGUUUGUGUGUGUGCGCAUGCACAUGUGUGUCUGUCUGCGAGUGCAUGUGUCGGCACCAACAUGGACGAGUUUGGCAUGGGCAGCACCACUGAGGGGUCGGGUUACCAGGUAACAUAUGUUUGUGUGUGUGCGCAUGCACAUGUGUGUCUGUCUGCGAGUGCAUGUGUCGGCACCAACAUGGACGAGUUUGGCAUGGGCAGCACCACUGAGGGGUCGGGUUACCAGGUAACAUAUGUUUGUGUGUGUGCGCAUGCACAUGUGUGUCUGUCUGCGAGUGCAUGUGUCGGCACCAACAUGGACGAGUUUGGCAUGGGCAGCACCACUGAGGGGUCGGGUUACCAGGUAACAUAUGUUUGUGUGUGUGCGCAUGCACAUGUGUGUCUGUCUGCGAGUGCAUGUGUCGGCACCAACAUGGACGAGUUUGGCAUGGGCAGCACCACUGAGGGGUCGGGUUACCAGGUAACAUAUGUUUGUGUGUGUGCGCAUGCACAUGUGUGUCUGUCUGCGAGUGCAUGUGUCGGCACCAACAUGGACGAGUUUGGCAUGGGCAGCACCACUGAGGGGUCGGGUUACCAGGUAACAUAUGUUUGUGUGUGUGCGCAUGCACAUGUGUGUCUGUCUGCGAGUGCAUGUGUCGGCACCAACAUGGACGAGUUUGGCAUGGGCAGCACCACUGAGGGGUCGGGUUACCAGGUAACAUAUGUUUGUGUGUGUGCGCAUGCACAUGUGUGUCUGUCUGCGAGUGCAUGUGUCGGCACCAACAUGGACGAGUUUGGCAUGGGCAGCACCACUGAGGGGUCGGGUUACCAGGUAACAUAUGUUUGUGUGUGUGCGCAUGCACAUGUGUGUCUGUCUGCGAGUGCAUGUGUCGGCACCAACAUGGACGAGUUUGGCAUGGGCAGCACCACUGAGGGGUCGGGUUACCAGGUAACAUAUGUUUGUGUGUGUGCGCAUGCACAUGUGUGUCUGUCUGCGAGUGCAUGUGUCGGCACCAACAUGGACGAGUUUGGCAUGGGCAGCACCACUGAGGGGUCGGGUUACCAGGUAACAUAUGUUUGUGUGUGUGCGCAUGCACAUGUGUGUCUGUCUGCGAGUGCAUGUGUCGGCACCAACAUGGACGAGUUUGGCAUGGGCAGCACCACUGAGGGGUCGGGUUACCAGGUAACAUAUGUUUGUGUGUGUGCGCAUGCACAUGUGUGUCUGUCUGCGAGUGCAUGUGUCGGCACCAACAUGGACGAGUUUGGCAUGGGCAGCACCACUGAGGGGUCGGGUUACCAGGUAACAUAUGUUUGUGUGUGUGCGCAUGCACAUGUGUGUCUGUCUGCGAGUGCAUGUGUCGGCACCAACAUGGACGAGUUUGGCAUGGGCAGCACCACUGAGGGGUCGGGUUACCAGGUAACAUAUGUUUGUGUGUGUGCGCAUGCACAUGUGUGUCUGUCUGCGAGUGCAUGUGUCGGCACCAACAUGGACGAGUUUGGCAUGGGCAGCACCACUGAGGGGUCGGGUUACCAGGUAACAUAUGUUUGUGUGUGUGCGCAUGCACAUGUGUGUCUGUCUGCGAGUGCAUGUGUCGGCACCAACAUGGACGAGUUUGGCAUGGGCAGCACCACUGAGGGGUCGGGUUACCAGGUAACAUAUGUUUGUGUGUGUGCGCAUGCACAUGUGUGUCUGUCUGCGAGUGCAUGUGUCGGCACCAACAUGGACGAGUUUGGCAUGGGCAGCACCACUGAGGGGUCGGGUUACCAGGUAACAUAUGUUUGUGUGUGUGCGCAUGCACAUGUGUGUCUGUCUGCGAGUGCAUGUGUCGGCACCAACAUGGACGAGUUUGGCAUGGGCAGCACCACUGAGGGGUCGGGUUACCAGGUAACAUAUGUUUGUGUGUGUGCGCAUGCACAUGUGUGUCUGUCUGCGAGUGCAUGUGUCGGCACCAACAUGGACGAGUUUGGCAUGGGCAGCACCACUGAGGGGUCGGGUUACCAGGUAACAUAUGUUUGUGUGUGUGCGCAUGCACAUGUGUGUCUGUCUGCGAGUGCAUGUGUCGGCACCAACAUGGACGAGUUUGGCAUGGGCAGCACCACUGAGGGGUCGGGUUACCAGGUAACAUAUGUUUGUGUGUGUGCGCAUGCACAUGUGUGUCUGUCUGCGAGUGCAUGUGUCGGCACCAACAUGGACGAGUUUGGCAUGGGCAGCACCACUGAGGGGUCGGGUUACCAGGUAACAUAUGUUUGUGUGUGUGCGCAUGCACAUGUGUGUCUGUCUGCGAGUGCAUGUGUCGGCACCAACAUGGACGAGUUUGGCAUGGGCAGCACCACUGAGGGGUCGGGUUACCAGGUAACAUAUGUUUGUGUGUGUGCGCAUGCACAUGUGUGUCUGUCUGCGAGUGCAUGUGUCGGCACCAACAUGGACGAGUUUGGCAUGGGCAGCACCACUGAGGGGUCGGGUUACCAGGUAACAUAUGUUUGUGUGUGUGCGCAUGCACAUGUGUGUCUGUCUGCGAGUGCAUGUGUCGGCACCAACAUGGACGAGUUUGGCAUGGGCAGCACCACUGAGGGGUCGGGUUACCAGGUAACAUAUGUUUGUGUGUGUGCGCAUGCACAUGUGUGUCUGUCUGCGAGUGCAUGUGUCGGCACCAACAUGGACGAGUUUGGCAUGGGCAGCGCCACUGAGGGGUCGGGUUACCAGGUAACAUAUGUUUGUGUGUGUGCGCAUGCACAUGUGUGUCUGUCUGCGAGUGCAUGUGUCGGCACCAACAUGGACGAGUUUGGCAUGGGCAGCACCACUGAGGGGUCGGGUUACCAGGUAACAUAUGUUUGUGUGUGUGCGCAUGCACAUGUGUGUCUGUCUGCGAGUGCAUGUGUCGGCACCAACAUGGACGAGUUUGGCAUGGGCAGCGCCACUGAGGGGUCGGGUUACCAGGUAACAUAUGUUUGUGUGUGUGCGCAUGCACAUGUGUGUCUGUCUGCGAGUGCAUGUGUCGGCACCAACAUGAACGAGUUUGGCAUGGGCAGCACCACUGAGGGGUCGGGUUACCAGGUAACAUAUGUUUGUGUGUGUGCGCAUGCACAUGUGUGUCUGUCUGCGAGUGCAUGUGUCGGCACCAACAUGGACGAGUUUGGCAUGGGCAGCACCACUGAGGGGUCGGGUUACCAGGUAACAUAUGUUUGUGUGUGUGCGCAUGCACAUGUGUGUCUGUCUGCGAGUGCAUGUGUCGGCACCAACAUGGACGAGUUUGGCAUGGGCAGCACCACUGAGGGGUCGGGUUACCAGGUAACAUAUGUUUGUGUGUGUGCGCAUGCACAUGUGUGUCUGUCUGCGAGUGCAUGUGUCGGCACCAACAUGGACGAGUUUGGCAUGGGCAGCGCCACUGAGGGGUCGGGUUACCAGGUAACAUAUGUUUGUGUGUGUGCGCAUGCACAUGUGUGUCUGUCUGCGAGUGCAUGUGUCGGCACCAACAUGGACGAGUUUGGCAUGGGCAGCACCACUGAGGGGUCGGGUUACCAGGUAACAUAUGUUUGUGUGUGUGCGCAUGCACAUGUGUGUCUGUCUGCGAGUGCAUGUGUCGGCACCAACAUGGACGAGUUUGGCAUGGGCAGCACCACUGAGGGGUCGGGUUACCAGGUAACAUAUGUUUGUGUGUGUGCGCAUGCACAUGUGUGUCUGUCUGCGAGUGCAUGUGUCGGCACCAACAUGGACGAGUUUGGCAUGGGCAGCGCCACUGAGGGGUCGGGUUACCAGGUAACAUAUGUUUGUGUGUGUGCGCAUGCACAUGUGUGUCUGUCUGCGAGUGCAUGUGUCGGCACCAACAUGGACGAGUUUGGCAUGGGCAGCACCACUGAGGGGUCGGGUUACCAGUUUGGCAUGGGCAGCACCACUGAGGGGUCGGGUUACCAGGUAACAUAUGUUUGUGUGUGUGCGCAUGCACAUGUGUGUCUGUCUGCGAGUGCAUGUGUCGGCACCAACAUGGACGAGUUUGGCAUGGGCAGCACCACUGAGGGGUCGGGUUACCAGGUAACAUAUGUUUGUGUGUGUGCGCAUGCACAUGUGUGUCUGUCUGCGAGUGCAUGUGUCGGCACCAACAUGGACGAGUUUGGCAUGGGCAGCACCACUGAGGGGUCGGGUUACCAGGUAACAUAUGUUUGUGUGUGUGCGCAUGCACAUGUGUGUCUGUCUGCGAGUGCAUGUGUCGGCACCAACAUGGACGAGUUUGGCAUGGGCAGCGCCACUGAGGGGUCGGGUUACCAGGUAACAUAUGUUUGUGUGUGUGCGCAUGCACAUGUGUGUCUGUCUGCGAGUGCAUGUGUCGGCACCAACAUGGACGAGUUUGGCAUGGGCAGCACCACUGAGGGGUCGGGUUACCAGGUAACAUAUGUUUGUGUGUGUGCGCAUGCACAUGUGUGUCUGUCUGCGAGUGCAUGUGUCGGCACCAACAUGGACGAGUUUGGCAUGGGCAGCACCACUGAGGGGUCGGGUUACCAGGUAACAUAUGUUUGUGUGUGUGCGCAUGCACAUGUGUGUCUGUCUGCGAGUGCAUGUGUCGGCACCAACAUGGACGAGUUUGGCAUGGGCAGCACCACUGAGGGGUCGGGUUACCAGGUAACAUAUGUUUGUGUGUGUGCGCAUGCACAUGUGUGUCUGUCUGCGAGUGCAUGUGUCGGCACCAACAUGGACGAGUUUGGCAUGGGCAGCACCACUGAGGGGUCGGGUUACCAGGUAACAUAUGUUUGUGUGUGUGCGCAUGCACAUGUGUGUCUGUCUGCGAGUGCAUGUGUCGGCACCAACAUGGACGAGUUUGGCAUGGGCAGCACCACUGAGGGGUCGGGUUACCAGGUAACAUAUGUUUGUGUGUGUGCGCAUGCACAUGUGUGUCUGUCUGCGAGUGCAUGUGUCGGCACCAACAUGGACGAGUUUGGCAUGGGCAGCGCCACUGAGGGGUCGGGUUACCAGGUAACAUAUGUUUGUGUGUGUGCGCAUGCACAUGUGUGUCUGUCUGCGAGUGCAUGUGUCGGCACCAACAUGGACGAGUUUGGCAUGGGCAGCACCACUGAGGGGUCGGGUUACCAGGUAACAUAUGUUUGUGUGUGUGCGCAUGCACAUGUGUGUCUGUCUGCGAGUGCAUGUGUCGGCACCAACAUGGACGAGUUUGGCAUGGGCAGCACCACUGAGGGGUCGGGUUACCAGGUAACAUAUGUUUGUGUGUGUGCGCAUGCACAUGUGUGUCUGUCUGCGAGUGCAUGUGUCGGCACCAACAUGGACGAGUUUGGCAUGGGCAGCGCCACUGAGGGGUCGGGUUACCAGGUAACAUAUGUUUGUGUGUGUGCGCAUGCACAUGUGUGUCUGUCUGCGAGUGCAUGUGUCGGCACCAACAUGGACGAGUUUGGCAUGGGCAGCACCACUGAGGGGUCGGGUUACCAGGUAACAUAUGUUUGUGUGUGUGCGCAUGCACAUGUGUGUCUGUCUGCGAGUGCAUGUGUCGGCACCAACAUGGACGAGUUUGGCAUGGGCAGCACCACUGAGGGGUCGGGUUACCAGGUAACAUAUGUUUGUGUGUGUGCGCAUGCACAUGUGUGUCUGUCUGCGAGUGCAUGUGUCGGCACCAACAUGGACGAGUUUGGCAUGGGCAGCACCACUGAGGGGUCGGGUUACCAGGUAACAUAUGUUUGUGUGUGUGCGCAUGCACAUGUGUGUCUGUCUGCGAGUGCAUGUGUCGGCACCAACAUGGACGAGUUUGGCAUGGGCAGCACCACUGAGGGGUCGGGUUACCAGGUAACAUAUGUUUGUGUGUGUGCGCAUGCACAUGUGUGUCUGUCUGCGAGUGCAUGUGUCGGCACCAACAUGGACGAGUUUGGCAUGGGCAGCACCACUGAGGGGUCGGGUUACCAGGUAACAUAUGUUUGUGUGUGUGCGCAUGCACAUGUGUGUCUGUCUGCGAGUGCAUGUGUCGGCACCAACAUGGACGAGUUUGGCAUGGGCAGCACCACUGAGGGGUCGGGUUACCAGGUAACAUAUGUUUGUGUGUGUGCGCAUGCACAUGUGUGUCUGUCUGCGAGUGCAUGUGUCGGCACCAACAUGGACGAGUUUGGCAUGGGCAGCGCCACUGAGGGGUCGGGUUACCAGGUAACAUAUGUUUGUGUGUGUGCGCAUGCACAUGUGUGUCUGUCUGCGAGUGCAUGUGUCGGCACCAACAUGGACGAGUUUGGCAUGGGCAGCACCACUGAGGGGUCGGGUUACCAGGUAACAUAUGUUUGUGUGUGUGCGCAUGCACAUGUGUGUCUGUCUGCGAGUGCAUGUGUCGGCACCAACAUGGACGAGUUUGGCAUGGGCAGCACCACUGAGGGGUCGGGUUACCAGGUAACAUAUGUUUGUGUGUGUGCGCAUGCACAUGUGUGUCUGUCUGCGAGUGCAUGUGUCGGCACCAACAUGGACGAGUUUGGCAUGGGCAGCGCCACUGAGGGGUCGGGUUACCAGGUAACAUAUGUUUGUGUGUGUGCGCAUGCACAUGUGUGUCUGUCUGCGAGUGCAUGUGUCGGCACCAACAUGGACGAGUUUGGCAUGGGCAGCACCACUGAGGGGUCGGGUUACCAGGUAACAUAUGUUUGUGUGUGUGCGCAUGCACAUGUGUGUCUGUCUGCGAGUGCAUGUGUCGGCACCAACACGGACGAGUUUGGCAUGGGCAGCACCACUGAGGGGUCGGGUUACCAGGUAACAUAUGUUUGUGUGUGUGCGCAUGCACAUGUGUGUCUGUCUGCGAGUGCAUGUGUCGGCACCAACAUGGACGAGUUUGGCAUGGGCAGCACCACUGAGGGGUCGGGUUACCAGGUAACAUAUGUUUGUGUGUGUGCGCAUGCACAUGUGUGUCUGUCUGCGAGUGCAUGUGUCGGCACCAACAUGGACGAGUUUGGCAUGGGCAGCACCACUGAGGGGUCGGGUUACCAGGUAACAUAUGUUUGUGUGUGUGCGCAUGCACAUGUGUGUCUGUCUGCGAGUGCAUGUGUCGGCACCAACAUGGACGAGUUUGGCAUGGGCAGCACCACUGAGGGGUCGGGUUACCAGGUAACAUAUGUUUGUGUGUGUGCGCAUGCACAUGUGUGUCUGUCUGCGAGUGCAUGUGUCGGCACCAACAUGGACGAGUUUGGCAUGGGCAGCACCACUGAGGGGUCGGGUUACCAGGUAACAUAUGUUUGUGUGUGUGCGCAUGCACAUGUGUGUCUGUCUGCGAGUGCAUGUGUCGGCACCAACAUGGACGAGUUUGGCAUGGGCAGCACCACUGAGGGGUCGGGUUACCAGGUAACAUAUGUUUGUGUGUGUGCGCAUGCACAUGUGUGUCUGUCUGCGAGUGCAUGUGUCGGCACCAACAUGGACGAGUUUGGCAUGGGCAGCACCACUGAGGGGUCGGGUUACCAGGUAACAUAUGUUUGUGUGUGUGCGCAUGCACAUGUGUGUCUGUCUGCGAGUGCAUGUGUCGGCACCAACAUUGACGAGUUUGGCAUGGGCAGCACCACUGAGGGGUCGGGUUACCAGGUAACAUAUGUUUGUGUGUGUGCGCAUGCACAUGUGUGUCUGUCUGCGAGUGCAUGUGUCGGCACCAACAUGGACGAGUUUGGCAUGGGCAGCACCACUGAGGGGUCGGGUUACCAGGUAACAUAUGUUUGUGUGUGUGCGCAUGCACAUGUGUGUCUGUCUGCGAGUGCAUGUGUCGGCACCAACAUGGACGAGUUUGGCAUGGGCAGCGCCACUGAGGGGUCGGGUUACCAGGUAACAUAUGUUUGUGUGUGUGCGCAUGCACAUGUGUGUCUGUCUGCGAGUGCAUGUGUCGGCACCAACAUGGACGAGUUUGGCAUGGGCAGCACCACUGAGGGGUCGGGUUACCAGGUAACAUAUGUUUGUGUGUGUGCGCAUGCACAUGUGUGUCUGUCUGCGAGUGCAUGUGUCGGCACCAACAUGGACGAGUUUGGCAUGGGCAGCACCACUGAGGGGUCGGGUUACCAGGUAACAUAUGUUUGUGUGUGUGCGCAUGCACAUGUGUGUCUGUCUGCGAGUGCAUGUGUCGGCACCAACAUGGACGAGUUUGGCAUGGGCAGCACCACUGAGGGGUCGGGUUACCAGGUAACAUAUGUUUGUGUGUGUGCGCAUGCACAUGUGUGUCUGUCUGCGAGUGCAUGUGUCGGCACCAACAUGGACGAGUUUGGCAUGGGCAGCACCACUGAGGGGUCGGGUUACCAGGUAACAUAUGUUUGUGUGUGUGCGCAUGCACAUGUGUGUCUGUCUGCGAGUGCAUGUGUCGGCACCAACAUGGACGAGUUUGGCAUGGGCAGCACCACUGAGGGGUCGGGUUACCAGGUAACAUAUGUUUGUGUGUGUGCGCAUGCACAUGUGUGUCUGUCUGCGAGUGCAUGUGUCGGCACCAACAUGGACGAGUUUGGCAUGGGCAGCACCACUGAGGGGUCGGGUUACCAGGUAACAUAUGUUUGUGUGUGUGCGCAUGCACAUGUGUGUCUGUCUGCGAGUGCAUGUGUCGGCACCAACAUGGACGAGUUUGGCAUGGGCAGCACCACUGAGGGGUCGGGUUACCAGGUAACAUAUGUUUGUGUGUGUGCGCAUGCACAUGUGUGUCUGUCUGCGAGUGCAUGUGUCGGCACCAACAUGGACGAGUUUGGCAUGGGCAGCACCACUGAGGGGUCGGGUUACCAGGUAACAUAUGUUUGUGUGUGUGCGCAUGCACAUGUGUGUCUGUCUGCGAGUGCAUGUGUCGGCACCAACAUGGACGAGUUUGGCAUGGGCAGCACCACUGAGGGGUCGGGUUACCAGGUAACAUAUGUUUGUGUGUGUGCGCAUGCACAUGUGUGUCUGUCUGCGAGUGCAUGUGUCGGCACCAACAUGGACGAGUUUGGCAUGGGCAGCACCACUGAGGGGUCGGGUUACCAGGUAACAUAUGUUUGUGUGUGUGCGCAUGCACAUGUGUGUCUGUCUGCGAGUGCAUGUGUCGGCACCAACAUGGACGAGUUUGGCAUGGGCAGCACCACUGAGGGGUCGGGUUACCAGGUAACAUAUGUUUGUGUGUGUGCGCAUGCACAUGUGUGUCUGUCUGCGAGUGCAUGUGUCGGCACCAACAUGGACGAGUUUGGCAUGGGCAGCACCACUGAGGGGUCGGGUUACCAGGUAACAUAUGUUUGUGUGUGUGCGCAUGCACAUGUGUGUCUGUCUGCGAGUGCAUGUGUCGGCACCAACAUGGACGAGUUUGGCAUGGGCAGCACCACUGAGGGGUCGGGUUACCAGGUAACAUAUGUUUGUGUGUGUGCGCAUGCACAUGUGUGUCUGUCUGCGAGUGCAUGUGUCGGCACCAACAUGGACGAGUUUGGCAUGGGCAGCACCACUGAGGGGUCGGGUUACCAGGUAACAUAUGUUUGUGUGUGUGCGCAUGCACAUGUGUGUCUGUCUGCGAGUGCAUGUGUCGGCACCAACAUGGACGAGUUUGGCAUGGGCAGCGCCACUGAGGGGUCGGGUUACCAGGUAACAUAUGUUUGUGUGUGUGCGCAUGCACAUGUGUGUCUGUCUGCGAGUGCAUGUGUCGGCACCAACAUGGACGAGUUUGGCAUGGGCAGCACCACUGAGGGGUCGGGUUACCAGGUAACAUAUGUUUGUGUGUGUGCGCAUGCACAUGUGUGUCUGUCUGCGAGUGCAUGUGUCGGCACCAACAUGGACGAGUUUGGCAUGGGCAGCACCACUGAGGGGUCGGGUUACCAGGUAACAUAUGUUUGUGUGUGUGCGCAUGCACAUGUGUGUCUGUCUGCGAGUGCAUGUGUCGGCACCAACAUGGACGAGUUUGGCAUGGGCAGCACCACUGAGGGGUCGGGUUACCAGGUAACAUAUGUUUGUGUGUGUGCGCAUGCACAUGUGUGUCUGUCUGCGAGUGCAUGUGUCGGCACCAACAUGGACGAGUUUGGCAUGGGCAGCACCACUGAGGGGUCGGGUUACCAGGUAACAUAUGUUUGUGUGUGUGCGCAUGCACAUGUGUGUCUGUCUGCGAGUGCAUGUGUCGGCACCAACAUGGACGAGUUUGGCAUGGGCAGCACCACUGAGGGGUCGGGUUACCAGGUAACAUAUGUUUGUGUGUGUGCGCAUGCACAUGUGUGUCUGUCUGCGAGUGCAUGUGUCGGCACCAACAUGGACGAGUUUGGCAUGGGCAGCACCACUGAGGGGUCGGGUUACCAGGUAACAUAUGUUUGUGUGUGUGCGCAUGCACAUGUGUGUCUGUCUGCGAGUGCAUGUGUCGGCACCAACAUGGACGAGUUUGGCAUGGGCAGCACCACUGAGGGGUCGGGUUACCAGGUAACAUAUGUUUGUGUGUGUGCGCAUGCACAUGUGUGUCUGUCUGCGAGUGCAUGUGUCGGCACCAACAUGGACGAGUUUGGCAUGGGCAGCACCACUGAGGGGUCGGGUUACCAGGUAACAUGUGUUUGUGUGUGUGCGCAUGCACAUGUGUGUCUGUCUGCGAGUGCAUGUGUCGGCACCAACAUGGACGAGUUUGGCAUGGGCAGCGCCACUGAGGGGUCGGGUUACCAGGUAACAUAUGUUUGUGUGUGUGCGCAUGCACAUAUGUGUCUGUCUGCGAGUGCAUGUGUCGGCACCAACAUGGACGAGUUUGGCAUGGGCAGCACCACUGAGGGGUCGGGUUACCAGGUAACAUAUGUUUGUGUGUGUGCGCAUGCACAUGUGUGUCUGUCUGCGAGUGCAUGUGUCGGCACCAACAUGGACGAGUUUGGCAUGGGCAGCACCACUGAGGGGUCGGGUUACCAGGUAACAUAUGUUUGUGUGUGUGCGCAUGCACAUGUGUGUCUGUCUGCGAGUGCAUGUGUCGGCACCAACAUGGACGAGUUUGGCAUGGGCAGCGCCACUGAGGGGUCGGGUUACCAGGUAACAUAUGUUUGUGUGUGUGCGCAUGCACAUGUGUGUCUGUCUGCGAGUGCAUGUGUCGGCACCAACAUGGACGAGUUUGGCAUGGGCAGCACCACUGAGGGGUCGGGUUACCAGGUAACAUAUGUUUGUGUGUGUGCGCAUGCACAUGUGUGUCUGUCUGCGAGUGCAUGUGUCGGCACCAACAUGGACGAGUUUGGCAUGGGCAGCACCACUGAGGGGUCGGGUUACCAGGUAACAUAUGUUUGUGUGUGUGCGCAUGCACAUGUGUGUCUGUCUGCGAGUGCAUGUGUCGGCACCAACAUGGACGAGUUUGGCAUGGGCAGCACCACUGAGGGGUCGGGUUACCAGGUAACAUAUGUUUGUGUGUGUGCGCAUGCACAUGUGUGUCUGUCUGCGAGUGCAUGUGUCGGCACCAACAUGGACGAGUUUGGCAUGGGCAGCACCACUGAGGGGUCGGGUUACCAGGUAACAUAUGUUUGUGUGUGUGCGCAUGCACAUGUGUGUCUGUCUGCGAGUGCAUGUGUCGGCACCAACAUGGACGAGUUUGGCAUGGGCAGCACCACUGAGGGGUCGGGUUACCAGGUAACAUAUGUUUGUGUGUGUGCGCAUGCACAUGUGUGUCUGUCUGCGAGUGCAUGUGUCGGCACCAACAUGGACGAGUUUGGCAUGGGCAGCACCACUGAGGGGUCGGGUUACCAGGUAACAUAUGUUUGUGUGUGUGCGCAUGCACAUGUGUGUCUGUCUGCGAGUGCAUGUGUCGGCACCAACAUGGACGAGUUUGGCAUGGGCAGCACCACUGAGGGGUCGGGUUACCAGGUAACAUAUGUUUGUGUGUGUGCGCAUGCACAUGUGUGUCUGUCUGCGAGUGCAUGUGUCGGCACCAACAUGGACGAGUUUGGCAUGGGCAGCACCACUGAGGGGUCGGGUUACCAGGUAACAUAUGUUUGUGUGUGUGCGCAUGCACAUGUGUGUCUGUCUGCGAGUGCAUGUGUCGGCACCAACAUGGACGAGUUUGGCAUGGGCAGCACCACUGAGGGGUCGGGUUACCAGGUAACAUAUGUUUGUGUGUGUGCGCAUGCACAUGUGUGUCUGUCUGCGAGUGCAUGUGUCGGCACCAACAUGGACGAGUUUGGCAUGGGCAGCACCACUGAGGGGUCGGGUUACCAGGUAACAUAUGUUUGUGUGUGUGCGCAUGCACAUGUGUGUCUGUCUGCGAGUGCAUGUGUCGGCACCAACAUGGACGAGUUUGGCAUGGGCAGCACCACUGAGGGGUCGGGUUACCAGGUAACAUAUGUUUGUGUGUGUGCGCAUGCACAUGUGUGUCUGUCUGCGAGUGCAUGUGUCGGCACCAACAUGGACGAGUUUGGCAUGGGCAGCACCACUGAGGGGUCGGGUUACCAGGUAACAUAUGUUUGUGUGUGUGCGCAUGCACAUGUGUGUCUGUCUGCGAGUGCAUGUGUCGGCACCAACAUGGACGAGUUUGGCAUGGGCAGCACCACUGAGGGGUCGGGUUACCAGGUAACAUAUGUUUGUGUGUGUGCGCAUGCACAUGUGUGUCUGUCUGCGAGUGCAUGUGUCGGCACCAACAUGGACGAGUUUGGCAUGGGCAGCACCACUGAGGGGUCGGGUUACCAGGUAACAUAUGUUUGUGUGUGUGCGCAUGCACAUGUGUGUCUGUCUGCGAGUGCAUGUGUCGGCACCAACAUGGACGAGUUUGGCAUGGGCAGCACCACUGAGGGGUCGGGUUACCAGGUAACAUAUGUUUGUGUGUGUGCGCAUGCACAUGUGUGUCUGUCUGCGAGUGCAUGUGUCGGCACCAACAUGGACGAGUUUGGCAUGGGCAGCACCACUGAGGGGUCGGGUUACCAGGUAACAUAUGUUUGUGUGUGUGCGCAUGCACAUGUGUGUCUGUCUGCGAGUGCAUGUGUCGGCACCAACAUGGACGAGUUUGGCAUGGGCAGCACCACUGAGGGGUCGGGUUACCAGGUAACAUAUGUUUGUGUGUGUGCGCAUGCACAUGUGUGUCUGUCUGCGAGUGCAUGUGUCGGCACCAACAUGGACGAGUUUGGCAUGGGCAGCGCCACUGAGGGGUCGGGUUACCAGGUAACAUAUGUUUGUGUGUGUGCGCAUGCACAUGUGUGUCUGUCUGCGAGUGCAUGUGUCGGCACCAACAUGGACGAGUUUGGCAUGGGCAGCACCACUGAGGGGUCGGGUUACCAGGUAACAUAUGUUUGUGUGUGUGCGCAUGCACAUGUGUGUCUGUCUGCGAGUGCAUGUGUCGGCACCAACAUGGACGAGUUUGGCAUGGGCAGCACCACUGAGGGGUCGGGUUACCAGGUAACAUAUGUUUGUGUGUGUGCGCAUGCACAUGUGUGUCUGUCUGCGAGUGCAUGUGUCGGCACCAACAUGGACGAGUUUGGCAUGGGCAGCGCCACUGAGGGGUCGGGUUACCAGGUAACAUAUGUUUGUGUGUGUGCGCAUGCACAUGUGUGUCUGUCUGCGAGUGCAUGUGUCGGCACCAACAUGGACGAGUUUGGCAUGGGCAGCACCACUGAGGGGUCGGGUUACCAGGUAACAUAUGUUUGUGUGUGUGCGCAUGCACAUGUGUGUCUGUCUGCGAGUGCAUGUGUCGGCACCAACAUGGACGAGUUUGGCAUGGGCAGCACCACUGAGGGGUCGGGUUACCAGGUAACAUAUGUUUGUGUGUGUGCGCAUGCACAUGUGUGUCUGUCUGCGAGUGCAUGUGUCGGCACCAACAUGGACGAGUUUGGCAUGGGCAGCACCACUGAGGGGUCGGGUUACCAGGUAACAUAUGUUUGUGUGUGUGCGCAUGCACAUGUGUGUCUGUCUGCGAGUGCAUGUGUCGGCACCAACAUGGACGAGUUUGGCAUGGGCAGCACCACUGAGGGGUCGGGUUACCAGGUAACAUAUGUUUGUGUGUGUGCGCAUGCACAUGUGUGUCUGUCUGCGAGUGCAUGUGUCGGCACCAACAUGGACGAGUUUGGCAUGGGCAGCACCACUGAGGGGUCGGGUUACCAGGUAACAUAUGUUUGUGUGUGUGCGCAUGCACAUGUGUGUCUGUCUGCGAGUGCAUGUGUCGGCACCAACAUGGACGAGUUUGGCAUGGGCAGCGCCACUGAGGGGUCGGGUUACCAGGUAACAUAUGUUUGUGUGUGUGCGCAUGCACAUGUGUGUCUGUCUGCGAGUGCAUGUGUCGGCACCAACAUGGACGAGUUUGGCAUGGGCAGCACCACUGAGGGGUCGGGUUACCAGGUAACAUAUGUUUGUGUGUGUGCGCAUGCACAUGUGUGUCUGUCUGCGAGUGCAUGUGUCGGCACCAACAUGGACGAGUUUGGCAUGGGCAGCACCACUGAGGGGUCGGGUUACCAGGUAACAUAUGUUUGUGUGUGUGCGCAUGCACAUGUGUGUCUGUCUGCGAGUGCAUGUGUCGGCACCAACAUGGACGAGUUUGGCAUGGGCAGCGCCACUGAGGGGUCGGGUUACCAGGUAACAUAUGUUUGUGUGUGUGCGCAUGCACAUGUGUGUCUGUCUGCGAGUGCAUGUGUCGGCACCAACAUGGACGAGUUUGGCAUGGGCAGCACCACUGAGGGGUCGGGUUACCAGGUAACAUAUGUUUGUGUGUGUGCGCAUGCACAUGUGUGUCUGUCUGCGAGUGCAUGUGUCGGCACCAACAUGGACGAGUUUGGCAUGGGCAGCACCACUGAGGGGUCGGGUUACCAGGUAACAUAUGUUUGUGUGUGUGCGCAUGCACAUGUGUGUCUGUCUGCGAGUGCAUGUGUCGGCACCAACAUGGACGAGUUUGGCAUGGGCAGCACCACUGAGGGGUCGGGUUACCAGGUAACAUAUGUUUGUGUGUGUGCGCAUGCACAUGUGUGUCUGUCUGCGAGUGCAUGUGUCGGCACCAACAUGGACGAGUUUGGCAUGGGCAGCACCACUGAGGGGUCGGGUUACCAGGUAACAUAUGUUUGUGUGUGUGCGCAUGCACAUGUGUGUCUGUCUGCGAGUGCAUGUGUCGGCACCAACAUGGACGAGUUUGGCAUGGGCAGCACCACUGAGGGGUCGGGUUACCAGGUAACAUAUGUUUGUGUGUGUGCGCAUGCACAUGUGUGUCUGUCUGCGAGUGCAUGUGUCGGCACCAACAUGGACGAGUUUGGCAUGGGCAGCACCACUGAGGGGUCGGGUUACCAGGUAACAUAUGUUUGUGUGUGUGCGCAUGCACAUGUGUGUCUGUCUGCGAGUGCAUGUGUCGGCACCAACAUGGACGAGUUUGGCAUGGGCAGCACCACUGAGGGGUCGGGUUACCAGGUAACAUAUGUUUGUGUGUGUGCGCAUGCACAUGUGUGUCUGUCUGCGAGUGCAUGUGUCGGCACCAACAUGGACGAGUUUGGCAUGGGCAGCACCACUGAGGGGUCGGGUUACCAGGUAACAUAUGUUUGUGUGUGUGCGCAUGCACAUGUGUGUCUGUCUGCGAGUGCAUGUGUCGGCACCAACAUGGACGAGUUUGGCAUGGGCAGCACCACUGAGGGGUCGGGUUACCAGGUAACAUAUGUUUGUGUGUGUGCGCAUGCACAUGUGUGUCUGUCUGCGAGUGCAUGUGUCGGCACCAACAUGGACGAGUUUGGCAUGGGCAGCGCCACUGAGGGGUCGGGUUACCAGGUAACAUAUGUUUGUGUGUGUGCGCAUGCACAUGUGUGUCUGUCUGCGAGUGCAUGUGUCGGCACCAACAUGGACGAGUUUGGCAUGGGCAGCACCACUGAGGGGUCGGGUUACCAGGUAACAUAUGUUUGUGUGUGUGCGCAUGCACAUGUGUGUCUGUCUGCGAGUGCAUGUGUCGGCACCAACAUGGACGAGUUUGGCAUGGGCAGCACCACUGAGGGGUCGGGUUACCAGGUAACAUAUGUUUGUGUGUGUGCGCAUGCACAUGUGUGUCUGUCUGCGAGUGCAUGUGUCGGCACCAACAUGGACGAGUUUGGCAUGGGCAGCACCACUGAGGGGUCGGGUUACCAGGUAACAUAUGUUUGUGUGUGUGCGCAUGCACAUGUGUGUCUGUCUGCGAGUGCAUGUGUCGGCACCAACAUGGACGAGUUUGGCAUGGGCAGCACCACUGAGGGGUCGGGUUACCAGGUAACAUAUGUUUGUGUGUGUGCGCAUGCACAUGUGUGUCUGUCUGCGAGUGCAUGUGUCGGCACCAACAUGGACGAGUUUGGCAUGGGCAGCACCACUGAGGGGUCGGGUUACCAGGUAACAUAUGUUUGUGUGUGUGCGCAUGCACAUGUGUGUCUGUCUGCGAGUGCAUGUGUCGGCACCAACAUGGACGAGUUUGGCAUGGGCAGCACCACUGAGGGGUCGGGUUACCAGGUAACAUAUGUUUGUGUGUGUGCGCAUGCACAUGUGUGUCUGUCUGCGAGUGCAUGUGUCGGCACCAACAUGGACGAGUUUGGCAUGGGCAGCACCACUGAGGGGUCGGGUUACCAGGUAACAUAUGUUUGUGUGUGUGCGCAUGCACAUGUGUGUCUGUCUGCGAGUGCAUGUGUCGGCACCAACAUGGACGAGUUUGGCAUGGGCAGCACCACUGAGGGGUCGGGUUACCAGGUAACAUAUGUUUGUGUGUGUGCGCAUGCACAUGUGUGUCUGUCUGCGAGUGCAUGUGUCGGCACCAACAUGGACGAGUUUGGCAUGGGCAGCACCACUGAGGGGUCGGGUUACCAGGUAACAUAUGUUUGUGUGUGUGCGCAUGCACAUGUGUGUCUGUCUGCGAGUGCAUGUGUCGGCACCAACAUGGACGAGUUUGGCAUGGGCAGCACCACUGAGGGGUCGGGUUACCAGGUAACAUAUGUUUGUGUGUGUGCGCAUGCACAUGUGUGUCUGUCUGCGAGUGCAUGUGUCGGCACCAACAUGGACGAGUUUGGCAUGGGCAGCACCACUGAGGGGUCGGGUUACCAGGUAACAUAUGUUUGUGUGUGUGCGCAUGCACAUGUGUGUCUGUCUGCGAGUGCAUGUGUCGGCACCAACAUGGACGAGUUUGGCAUGGGCAGCACCACUGAGGGGUCGGGUUACCAGGUAACAUAUGUUUGUGUGUGUGCGCAUGCACAUGUGUGUCUGUCUGCGAGUGCAUGUGUCGGCACCAACAUGGACGAGUUUGGCAUGGGCAGCACCACUGAGGGGUCGGGUUACCAGGUAACAUAUGUUUGUGUGUGUGCGCAUGCACAUGUGUGUCUGUCUGCGAGUGCAUGUGUCGGCACCAACAUGGACGAGUUUGGCAUGGGCAGCACCACUGAGGGGUCGGGUUACCAGGUAACAUAUGUUUGUGUGUGUGCGCAUGCACAUGUGUGUCUGUCUGCGAGUGCAUGUGUCGGCACCAACAUGGACGAGUUUGGCAUGGGCAGCACCACUGAGGGGUCGGGUUACCAGGUAACAUAUGUUUGUGUGUGUGCGCAUGCACAUGUGUGUCUGUCUGCGAGUGCAUGUGUCGGCACCAACAUGGACGAGUUUGGCAUGGGCAGCACCACUGAGGGGUCGGGUUACCAGGUAACAUAUGUUUGUGUGUGUGCGCAUGCACAUGUGUGUCUGUCUGCGAGUGCAUGUGUCGGCACCAACAUGGACGAGUUUGGCAUGGGCAGCACCACUGAGGGGUCGGGUUACCAGGUAACAUAUGUUUGUGUGUGUGCGCAUGCACAUGUGUGUCUGUCUGCGAGUGCAUGUGUCGGCACCAACAUGGACGAGUUUGGCAUGGGCAGCACCACUGAGGGGUCGGGUUACCAGGUAACAUAUGUUUGUGUGUGUGCGCAUGCACAUGUGUGUCUGUCUGCGAGUGCAUGUGUCGGCACCAACAUGGACGAGUUUGGCAUGGGCAGCACCACUGAGGGGUCGGGUUACCAGGUAACAUAUGUUUGUGUGUGUGCGCAUGCACAUGUGUGUCUGUCUGCGAGUGCAUGUGUCGGCACCAACAUGGACGAGUUUGGCAUGGGCAGCACCACUGAGGGGUCGGGUUACCAGGUGACAGCCAACCCCUGGGAUCUCUCGCGAGUGCCAGGCGGCAGUUCAGGAGGCUCUGCCGCUGCUGUGGCGGCUGGGCAGUGUGCUGUAGCUUUGGGCUCUGACACGGGUGAGGCGCCUCCUCCAGCGGUGGAGGUGCGCACUGCACUGCACUGCACGGCGCACUGCUCAUCUGCAUCUGCUGCUCCUGCUGUGGCGGCCGGGCAGCCGUGGAUCUGGGCCCUGAUACAGGGUCUCAUGGCCUAUGCGUCUAGCCUCGACUGCGUGGGCGUGCUUGGUCUCGUGACGUGGGGCAGCGUGCGUCUCCCUGCAUCAUUCUGCGGCAUAGUUGGCUUAAAGCCCUCUUACGGCCGUGUUUCCCGCCUGGGUCUCAUGGCGUAUGAGUCUAGCCUGGACUGCGUGGGCGUGCUUGGGGGCAGUGUGCGCCUGCCAGCUUCAUUCUGCGGGAUAGUUGGCUUAAAGCCCUCGUACGGCCGGGUCUCCCGCCUGGGCCUCAUGGCGUAUGCGUCCAGCCUGGACUGCGUGGGCGUGCUUGGGCUCAUGGGGUCGUCCUUCUGUGGCAUAGUGGGUCUGAAGCCCUCCUAUGGCAGUGUCUCCCGGCUGGGCUUCAUGGUGUGGCAGCGUGCGUCUGCCAGCGUCCUUCUGUGGCAUAGUGGGUCUGAAGCCCGAGUGUCGCGCCUGGGGCUCAUGGCGUAUGCGUUCAGCCUGGACUGUGUGGGCGUGCUGGGGCGAUCAGUAGAGGACACAGCCAUUGUGCUGCAGGCGAUGGCGGGGAGAGACGACGGGGACAGCACGUGCAGCAAGGAGGACUGUGUGGGUGGGCGUGCUGCACUGGGCGUGCUGCACUGGGCGUGCUGCACUGGGCGUGCUGCACUGGGCGUGCUGCACUGGGCGUGCUGCACUGGGCGUGCUGCACUGGGCGUGCUGCACUGGGCGUGCUGCACUGGGCGUGCUGCACUGGGCGUGCUGCACUGGGCGUGCUGCACUGGGCGUGCUGCACUGGGCGUGCUGCACUGGGCGUGCUGCACUGGGCGUGCUGCACUGGGCGUGCUGCACUGGGCGUGCUGCACUGGGCGUGCUGCACUGGGCGUGCUGCACUGGGCGUGCUGCACUGGGCUUGCUGCACUGGGCUUGCUGCACUGGGCUUGCUGCACUGGGCUUGCUGCACUGGGCUUGCUGCACUGGGCUUGCUGCAUGAGUCAUUGCAUGGACUCACACAACAAGCCAGUACCAGACUACACGGCAGCCCUCCUCCCCGUCGCCUCGCUCGGCUCCAAGCCGCUGACAGGUGUCCGCUUCGCAUUGGUCCAGGAGACCAUGGGCGCUGGCGUUGAUGCUGACGUGGCGCAGGCCGUCCGGGCGGCGGCGGCGCACUACGAGACGCUAGGAGCCACCGUGGAGGAGGUGUCCAUGCCGUUCUUCGCCAGUGGCCUGCCAGCAUACUAUAUCCUCGCACCCUCUGAAGCCUCCUCAAAUCUCUCUCGCUACGACGGCAUCAGGUUUGGACCCCAGCAGCCAGGCACGGACCUCACGUCCCUCUACAGCAACACUCGAGGCCAGGGCUUUGGCAAGGAGGUGGGCAGUUGGCGGGAAGUGAAGAGGCGCAUUCUAAUGGGCACAUACGCACUCUCUGCCGGCUAUUAUGAUGCCUACUACAAGAAGGCACAGCAGGUGCGCACGAUGAUUCGGCGGGAGUUUCUGGCAGCACUCGAGGGGCACGAUGCUCUCAUCACCCCCACCGCGCCCACCACAGCCUACAGCAUUGGUGAGAAGACAUCAGACCCCCUCGCCAUGUAUGUUGGCGACCUCAUGACGGUCAGCCCUCUAAAACUUCUCCCUUACUUCUCCCAGACCUCUCCCAGACCUCUCCCAGACCUCUCCCAGACCUCUCCCAGACCUCUCCCAGACCUCUCCCAUACUUCUCCCAGACUUGUGAAUGUGAACCUAGCGGGUCUACCAGCCAUCUCUCUGCCCUGCGGGUUAGCCCCUGGUGGACCCCAUGGUCUGCCCAUCGGCCUUCAGAUCAUCGGCGCUCCCUUCGCUGAGGUUAGCCCCUGGUGGGUCCCAUGGCCUCCCUAUCGGCCUUCAGAUCAUCGGUGCUCCCUUAGCGGAGACCAGUUGUCUUCCAAGGUGCCCCACCACCCACCGCCCACCAACGCCCCCUCUCCUCCCUCUCCUCCCUCUUUACACAGGCGGCAAUUCUCAAGUACGCACAUGUGUUUGAGCAGACCAGUUGUCUUCCAAGGUGCCCCACCACCCACCGCCCACCAACGCCCCCUCUCCUCCCUCUCCUCCCUCUUUACACAGGCGACCAUUCUCAAGUACGCACAUGUGUUUGAGCAGACCACUCCUGCAUGGCAAUCAGGACUCGCCAUUGCAUCUCCUGUUACUGCCGCUGCUUCCACGUAG